GCAAGAAAAGAAGAAAAAAAAAAAAAAAAGGAAAAUUAGAGAGAAAAUGGCCAAAAAAAUGAUUGCAGUGUUUCUUAUGUGCAUUGUGGUGAUGGCUGCUUUGCAAUUUACCACUGCCAAUGAAGAGGUGGCCAAAUAUGAGGCUAAAUUUGAUGCCAAAUACAAGUCUUGCUAUGAAACUUGUGAGAAAGAAUGUCUUGAAAAGGGCAAUGGCCAAAGUUUUUGUGAAGUUAAAUGUGAUGAAGAUUGUGAUGAAAAAGAAACUGCUGAUAAGCUCCACAUCAAGCCAGCACAUUGAGUAAUGGAGGAUAAAAGAAAAUAAGUGCCCUUGGGAAAAUUUAUCAGAUUUAUGUCAAGAAUUCUUACCAUCAUUAUUCAUUAGUAUAUUAAAAUAAUCUAG